AGGAGGCGGCGGCAGAGCGGGUAGGGCGGGAAAGACUCGAUCGCCCUCCUAGCGGCCUUUGGGAUUUUGCUGGAGCCGCCGAUCGCCUCUUGUGGCGCGUCGCAUCAUUCCACCUGGAUCUAUCUCUCCCCUCUGACUUGCCCUCGGGGCUCCCCUCUGCUGGAGCGAGCGGCGCUGCGCCGGCUUCCAAGGUCCCAGCAGCCUCCCUCCCCCUUUCAUCCCUUGGGGGGGUGCGUCCCGCGCCCCGCCCCCUUCUUCCUUGGCCAGCUGGCGUCGCAGGAGACCCCCGAUGUCUUCGCUGGACUCCCCGCUGCCGUUGAUUGGGUGUCUCUCUCCGGCGUCCAGCCAGGGACUUCAGAACGGUAGGAUCCAGGGUCAGUGCCUACUGACGGGCGGCGCACUCUGCGACCAGGCGAGCUUCUCCCGCCCUCUCCCUUGAAGCUCGGGAGUGUGGAUCGGCCGCUGGGGCGCCCAGGGACGGCACAGAGCCCCCCCCCCGGCUGCACCUGCGGGGCCGCUGCUGGGGGAGGGCGCGGAGCAGCGGCGGCGGCUGCGGCAGCUCCCUCCCCCGCCUGGAUUGUGAACUCCAAACUCUGCCAAAGCUCUCUCUCUCUUGCACCCGCUCCCCAGCCACCCGGUCCCGCGCGCCUUCAGCCGCAAUCGCCCACCCACUUCGAGGAUCUCUGCGCCCCGGGCUCAGUAUGCAUCUUUGAGCCGGAGAAGUGGGGGGUUGGGGUUGGCGUUCAUGUCCCCCUUGGGUCUGAAGAGACCAAAUCAAAGGGUCCUGUGCUGGAAGGAAAUCUAAGAUGAAGUUAUGGGAUGUGGUAGCUGUAUGCAUGGUGCUACUCAACACAAUCUCCACCUUUCCUCUUCCCGCUGGUAAGACACCUCUCGAGAGGGACCGCUCAGUGCUAGAGGGGAUUGAAGAAGAUCACACCUCCAGCAGGCUGCCGACUCCUUACGCUGGCCAAAUGGACUCUAAAAUUUCUGAGGAUUACCCCAACCGGCUUGGUGAUGUUAUGGAUUAUAUUCAAGCCACUAUGAGAAGACUGAAGAGGUCACCAGAUAAACCAGUUCCAUAUUUCUCUAAAAGGGAGAGAAACCGGCAAAAUGCAGCAAAGAACACUAAUAAUUCCAGCAACAGAAAACGACAGAGAGGUCAAAGGGGAAGAAACCGGGAUUGUGUUUUAACUGAGAUACAUUUAAAUGUGACCGAUUUGGGUUUGGGAUACACCACCAAAGAAGAGCUGAUUUUCCGGUAUUGUAGUGGUUCAUGCGAGUCUGCUGUAUCCGUGUAUGACCAAAUUUUAAACAAUUUAACCCAAAAUAGAAAGUUGGUCAGUGACAAAAUCAGACCACAGCCUUGUUGCAGACCCAUUGCAUAUGACGAUGAUGUUUCAUUUUUGGAUGAUGACCUAUCAACUUACCAUAUACUAAGAAAACAUUCCGCUAAAAAGUGUGGAUGCAUCUGACAUCCUUUUGGGGUUUGAACAGUGCUAUGAUUUUGCAUUCCUGCUAAAUUGGCAAAGAAGGGUCCAAGGCUCCCAAGGAGAUGGAAUGAUGGCUUCCGAGGAAGGCAGAGGACCAAGCGUACAGGAGAACAACAGCUGUGGGAGCCUGGUUGACUGAAAUACGGCACAGGAAUAUUGGAGAAGAUACAACCAUUGGGGUGUUUUGUUCUACAGGAAGGCAAAUAGGCAUCAAUGCUCAGGGGCAGAGAUCCAGGAUGGAUGGAGGAUACAUGCAUUUGCUUUAAGGUGAUCCACCAUUGGCAGAACACGGCUAGGCAUGUGCUUAACAACACAACCUCUGUUGGAUAACUUUCAUUUUUCCAGUUAUGGUGGAAGUAACAACCAAUUACUGCUGGCCUUAACCCCAAAAUAUUGGAAAAAAUUGACAUUUGCAUUUAAAAGAGUGGUUGCAAUUAAGGGUUUUGUGGUUUACAGGCAGCUAGGCCAUAGUACUGUGCCAGAAAGAUCAUUCAGAAAGGGAGUAUGACAAAGGGUUGGCGAUGAUAAGAUUACCUUUAAACAAAAUUGCCUUCCUUCCCCCUAUAGAGCCAUCUUUGUAGGCUAUCUGUUCUACCAAGGCACAUGCCUCUGUUCCAGCCAAGUCUACCCAUGAGCACUAUAUAGUUUUAAUAGGUGCAAUAUCUAGCAUUGAUCACCAGGGCAUUUACCACAGGGUACAGAUGAGGACAGAGCAGGCAGGAACAUGGAAAAAGGGCAGUAGCAGAUACAGGGGGAGCAUAUUUAAAAUAGGAGAAUAGUCCAUGUUUGGGUAGCAGGGAAUGAGAAGACUAGCUUUACUGGAUCUCCUAUGUGCGUGUGCAUGUGUGUGUGUAUGUGCGCGCGUGCACACACACACAGAUCUCCAUGGGGUGUGAUUACUUUAAAGGAGGGUGUUUCAAACUUCCUGCCCUCAGGCAAUUCUUCCAUGUCAACUUCUAUGCCAAGUAACUAUUUGGUUACUUUGCUGGUGUUAUUAUUUUAGGAUUUCGUGGUAUGAGCCAUCUUAAGGAUCCCUCUUGGGAUGGAAGGAAGAGUGUGCUGCAGAGAGUUCUGGGGCAUAUUCUAUGGUGUAUUCUCAGUUUAUCCAGAUUGCUGGCCAGGCCGGUCUGGCCAACCUGGGACACCCCUACAGAUGGGUGAGAAAUGUGGUUCUGUUCACAUUUUUAAUACAAACCUACCUAAUUUGCACUUCCAAAACAAUAAGAAUAAAAACACAGCUUUCCUUCAAAGUUUGCACUUUUCUGAACGUUCCAGUGCAGUUCCCCAAAUAAACAUCUGUACCAAAAUGCAUUAUAUUAGGGGAAAGUGUGCAUAAAAAUGCAUAUAUGAGUGAAAGAUAGUGUACAAAGAUGCAUAUUAGGGAAAACUGAUUAUGAAAAAUUGUGCAUAUUAAGAGAAAUAUGCACUAAAAUGUGGUUUUCAUAAGGACUUUUUUUAAAAAAAUUACAAACUGAUGAAGAAAUGUGGCAAACUGAACACAAUUGGAAAAAUAAAAAACCAAAGUUCACAAAUUCAUCCAUUUCUAAUCACCCCAUACAAAUUGAGAAUGCACCCUUGAAUUCACUCACCACUCUUCUACAGCUGUGAAUUUAAGACUGACAAAGGUGGGCAAACUGCCUUUUAGGGAUGUUUGCUUACCAUUUAUAAUUUUCUCAUUGAGGAACCCCUGCUAAAAUUCAAAGGAACCCCAAGGGGUUUAAAUGGUUUGUGUCAGAAUACAUAACUCUUAAGCUCACUACUCAGCUUGCCCUGAUGACAUAGAAGCCGUUACAGCACCACUACUUUCUGUUACCAUCAGGAUAACAUGAAAACCUUUCCUCCUUGUACUGCCAGAAUAAGGGGGAAAGCUCCCAGAUAUGCUGUAGCUUAGAUGUGGGGAAGCUUUAGCCCUCCAGAUGAUACUGAACUACAGUUCCUAUCAGCCCCAGCAAUGAUAGCCAAUGGCCAGGGAUGAUGGGAACUAUAGUUCAGUAACAUCUGGAGGGCCACAGGUUCCUCAUACCUGUUGUUGCUUCUUUCCCACACCAGUACCAGACUUUGCAAAAUUGGGUUGACAUGAGUUUGGAGAGGAACUGCUGCACAGACUUUUCACAUACAGGGCUUCGAACAGGAAGUGGUGACACUCCUGAAGUUCUCACACCCCUGGAGUGACAUGAGUAGCAAAAUUGCUAUUCGACAAUUUUGUUAGCAAAAAUACAUUUUGUUAGCAAAAUACAUUUAGACUACAAUCCUAUACCUGCAUAUGUAGGGGUACGGCCCACUAAACUCAAUGGGAUUUACUUUGGGGGAAACAUGUAUAGGAUUUCACUGUUAGUAUAUUCGAGGACUUCCAGUUAUCUAGCUCAAAUUCCAUGUGUCCUUGAAAAAGAAUCCCAACAAAGCUCUUGCAACUGAAACAUUUUUGGGGGAAAUAAAGAGUUCUGUUCUCUUAUUGCUGUUCUCUGUGAAGACAAGUUGUGUUUUUAAUCACUUGCUUCUGCCUAGGCUACACCAUGAAAAAUACGUGGAUCUUUUUUCUUUUUGGUUUACAAAAGGACUAAGGUCACUUACUUAAAGAACUACGUUUCUAUUUGAGGUCGUCGUGAGUGAACAAAGACUACUUGGUGCAAUGCAUCCGAUCAGAGACAAAUCUAGAGAAAAUAUUUAUUGAGAUUUAAGUUAUUAUGAUUAUUAUUUAUUACAGUUCAGUCAUGAGUUUCCUUUCCUUUAUUUAUUAAAGCUUCUUUCUUCAAAACAGGUGCCAAAGUUAACAAUGAGACAGUGAUGCUGGGGAACAAAGGUCCAUGGUUGUUGUUCUUUAAAAUAUUAAUAAUGAAUAACAGGAAUACUUUUUUAAAAAAAAUAACCUACUUUACCUUUUGAAUAACAAUCACAGAAGAACCUCGUAUCUGAUAGACCAGUUCUGUAGUACUUCCGAACACACACACAAGGCCAAGGAUGUUACUAGAUAUAUACUGAGGGCAUAGGCCCAAGACACAAAUUUGCAUAAAGUUUGCAUACACUAAUUUAUAUGUAUAUAUUCAGAUUUAGGUCUUUGAGUAAAUUAAGAUGGUGGGUAGCUGGCAGCCCUGUAAGCAAAGUUUUAAAAAAAUUAAUUAGAAAGGUGGGAGGGAAGGGCCAGGAAAUCUGGGAACCAGUGUAAAAGAUCUGACUCAGGACCACUGUACAUGGUGAUGUGCUCCAUCACUGAACUCAUUCAACUACUUGCAAGUUUUAUUGAAGUCAGUGACAGCCAUCAGCCAUCAUUUGUAAGUGAUGCCCACCUAAGUCUUUUGAUGCAUAUUUGAAUGAAAAUCCACCCCCCACCCAGGGCAACAGACUGUUGCAUCUGAUUAGAGCAGAACUGGGUUCAGAGGCCAUGUCUUCAUAAAUGCAGUUAUUUAAAAAGUCAUGUAAUAUUAGCUAGAAUAAGGAGCAGGUGGGGUGUCCCGCUGAACUGGACAAGAUGUGAAAGUGCUCAGUGUUUGGCCGAAUGGGCCCCAUCAGUGCUUCAGAUGGAAUUCCCCGUAUGCUUUAUAACAGUAUACAUGAAGCAGGUUUGCAGAGAGUUGAUAGGUUGUCUUUUAAAAGGCUUUGUUAUAUUACCAUAAUGAAGAGCAUAAUAUGGCUGGAAAAAUUCCAGGGCAUUUAAGCUUUCUACUUGUGCUGAGAAAUUUGACAGAUUUCUGCAGCCCUGCAAAAGGCUUUAAAAUAUGGUGUUAGCUGCUAAAAAUGUUACUCUAAGAAACGGAGUAAUUUAAUAUAUUUUUCUAGUAGGGCUCUUUGUUUCUCUUCUCAUUUUGAUUGCAUAUUAAAUACCUGUUACAAUAGUGGGUUUUGCAGAUAUUGAUAUAUUGCUGCUAUUUCCCAUCCCCACCCCCACCCUGGGCUCUUUUUAAUCUUGUCUUCGUACAAAAUUCAGAAUUCACAUGAUCGUAUGAAGCUGCCUUACAUUGAAUCCCCACCCCAUCUUGUCCAGUAUCGCCUGUUCUGAUUGGCAGCACCUCUUCAAGCUCACAGGUAAAGAUAUUUCUAGAGUGAGUGUGUGCCCUACUUUACAGAGGACAGUCCUCUGCUUGAAGGAGACCUCUGUUUGAUGGGGCUGCGUGGUCCAAGUCUGGUUUCAAGAUAAAGAACCGAGAAGAAGGCUGAGCAAGGCCCUUAAAGUUGUCCAUCAACACGUAGCCGACUGAGCCGAUCACCGGGUCACAGUCUCUCCAACUGCAGUGAGAUGUAUUUCUGUUUAAAUUAUAGUAAUUAUUUCUAAAUUUGCAUCGAUACAUAUAAAUUAGCUUAUGCAAAUUUUAUGCAAACCUGUCUCCUCUUUUACCCCCUUUUUGGUGUUAGAUUUCGUCUCUCUCUUCUUCCCCCUUGGUAAUGCGCAAGUUGCCACCCUAGGCAUUUCCCAGUAUUGUUACCCAAUAUCCUAUAACUGGAAAUGCCAGGGAUUGAAUCUGAGACGUUCUGCAUGCAAAGCCUGUGUGCUACCACUGAGCUAUGGGCAGCCCUUAUGAAUGUCAGCAUUUUAUUCUGGGUUAUUCCUUAAUGAGGCCUUCCUCGUCAUCCUUUUGAGCGCUGCCUUUUUCAGGGUGUGCAUACAGCAGCUUCCCAACACUUUUGCACUAAGCAGGUACCUUUUCUCUUGCUUGCAGGAUCCAUACAUGCCAGUGCAUUAACUGCUGCCCCCCCAACCUGCACAGGGUUGGGGAGCAGGGGCAAUUGAGAGUCAAGCCACCAACAUAUUUACUUUGCCAGCAUGGGUUGACUAUGGAACUUGAGUAGGAAAUGCAUGUACAUCCAUGCUUUUCCUCACAAGUUAAAACUGCCAUGCACACACUAUCUGAAAAAGGAAAGCCUCCAAGUCUUACAGCAUUCAGGGUGCAUUCUAGUAAGCCAGGAUGUAUGAUGGGCCCACAGUAAGGACCAACUUGUUCUAUCUCUCUGGCAGAAAUCCAUACUUAGAAUGCCCCUUUGUUGUGGCUAAAGCAUAUGUUUAUUGGCCACUGCACAGCCCUGGAGAAAACAAUCCCAACAGGAUAUUGAAUCGCUUUCUCCUGUGUGUAAUGAGAUUAGUGGUCAAAGCAAAAGAAACUAGGAUUCAUCUGGUUCACUCAGAACUUGUGGCAUAUGAACCAGAGAUGCAUGAAUUAUCUAAUAUAGAACUAAAAUACAUCAAAUGGCAGUUAGUCCUAUAAUGAAAGAUAUAUGCAAACAGCAUUGUAUGGCAGAACUCAAAGUACUGAAUUCUGCCCAUUUCUACUCAUGCAGGUUAUUAUGUUAACUUGUAGUUGUACUACAUAGCUGGGACCACAAUUAAUUAGCUUAGAAUGGGGGUGACUAUAAUAAGGUGCAAUUUCUAAUCCUUUUUUACGCUCCCCCAAGUUUUUACACUGCAGGUCUCCUAUAAUCAUAAAUGGCAGCAAUCCAUAGAAAGUUUACCACAUUUACAGCUAUAAUCCUGUGCACCUUAACUUCAGAGUCAGUUUCACUGAACUCAGUGGAUUAAACUUAGAUUAAACUUGCAUAGAUUCAUGUUGUCCUUUACAUUGAAACCAAGUGAUGCAAAUUCAGCUGAUUCCCUGGAAUGUGCAUUAGACCUGGUUUAUACAUGACUCUAGGCAGAUUUUUGUUUUUUAAAUUUGGCGGCAGCCUAGUGGAUGGGACUUAAGCCAAAAGCUCAGUGUAUAUAGGAUGCUGAGUGAGUGGAACAUAAGAAUGGGUUUUGAACAUAUUGAAUGAUGCAUUUAAACUCAGCCCUAGGGGUAUCUAGCUUUAGUGGUUUGCACUCCAUGUCUCUAGUAUAUUACUCUGAUGCUUGCCUUUUAAACCAUUUCUUACCAUAUUGUUUUAGAGUUUUGUGCAGUCCAUGUUCACUGGGAAGUAAGUCCCAUUGAGUUGAACGGGAGUUUACUAUCAUGUCAAUUUGCACAGGAUUGCAACCCUACUCUGGAUUAGAUUAAAUUAUUAAUGAAAUAAUUAAAGUAUGCACACAUGUUGCUGAAUCUAAAAUAACUUUCUUUGGUACACAAGGGGUGCAUAAUAAUGAGAAAACCCAAAAAAAGCAUGCUCAAUACUUUCUAUAGCAAGAGUUCUACAUGUACUAAAAAAGACAAUAAGAGUGCAUCCUGGCCAGUACUUUUGUCACAUUUCAUUUCCUACCAGUUUUGCUUGUCUUUGCUAUAGAUCACAUCUUUGAUGUUUCUUGUCAAAGUCACACUAGUUUCAGUGAGUGGCAUUUAUGCAAAUGCUUAAUACUCCACUGAAAUCAAGAGGUCAUAAUGAAGCUGAGGUGAAUAAUGAAGAAUUUGAUGAUGAAGCUAUAGUGGGGAUAAAAUGGCCACGAAGAUGGACAGUGCACAGGAUUCUGUCCACACUACUGAUGAGGGACACAAACUUUUUGCAAUCCAGACUCUGGGAUGCAAUAUGGAUUGUGCACACACACCCCUCUCUGCACAAGUAGUAGUAGCAGCCGAUUGCAUGAAAAACUAUUGGUCUGGACACAUCUUAAAUUCUACUUGUUUUUAGCAAGUCAAGACUGUGUUGCCUCAUGAGAGAAACCAGUAGAAAUCUCAGAUUCAGCUGUUUUUUUCCUAUCAAUUAUCUACGUUUGGAAUGUGUUGUGCUUAAAUGACUUGUUCCCCUCAGUCAGCGUAUCAGGAUGCAACCCAAACGAACUCAGGUCGUUAGAGUGCAGUUUGAAAUUGGUAUGUGUGACAUUAAUAACAGUCAUUUAGGCAGCAUUUGGGUACUUCCAGACUGUUGGUUUUCAGUUGGAUUCAGUCACACUCACAUACCAGCAAAUAAAGACUGUGAAAUUAUAGUUGAUUGGAAGGUCUUGCAUAACAAACAUAAAAGAUUUUACUUUUUGCGCUAAGUGAAAGGAAAAUGCACUGGAAAGUAUGGGCAACACUUGCUUUGAUGCAAUGUCAUCUAACUUCUCUGCAAACAAAUCAAUAUGAAUGCUCAAUAAAUAGGUUGUCUGGAAGCACCCACUAUGUAAGAAUGUUGGUUCCUACUCUUAUGUUCCACUGUACUCUAGCAUGUUUUUACCACUUAGUAUAGUCCUGGCUGCAUAAAGUGUGGUCGCUGAGAAAUACUGUUUGCUUAGAUUAGCGUCUGGCACCUUAACAGGAGUCAGUUUAACAUUUGCUGUUAGCCUUCAUUAAUGGUUGAUAGUUUGCCCCAUCAGCUUUUCUUCCAGACUCUCAACCUCUAAUGACAGCCUAAUGCUAACGUUCAAAAAUUACAAAAAGGGUAAAGUUUGUGAUCCCCCCCCCCACAGAAAAAUCAAAAUCAAAAACAGGAGAGCAUUUUUCUUUGGGGAUUUUAACUUCACCAACAAAUUACGUCUCAGACAUUUGUGUUAACCAACCAAAG